AUGUGCUUGGACCAGGAGAGUGUGUUCGUUAAGGUGACACCUAGAUCUGAAUGUCAGAAGAGGGUGUAUGGCUGCUCCUUCAAGUGCGAGGAGACUUGCCACUGCUACAGGUACAAGAUCACUCAGUGCCAGCGCAAUGACCCCAAGGCCUGUGUGCCAACAUGUGGAGAAUGUCCACAAUGUCCUAAAGGCUACAUCAGGAAGGACCUCUACCAUUGUGUGAAGCCCACAACGUGUGACUGUAUCACCGAAGAUGGUGUCAUCAUUCCAGCAGGGAAAUCUGUUAAGGUUGGCAACUGCAAGGUUUGUACAUGCUACAACAACAGGCUGUCUUGCUCAAACCUGUGUUCAACUGAACCAGAAACUACUGUAACGACCAAGGUGUAUACCACCACUACCAAACCAGAAACUGAAACUACUACAGUCAUAACAACAACAUACAAAACACCAAGGAAGGUGACAACUCCAUCAUCCACCACCUCACCUGAAACAUAUACCACCCGACCUGAGACCACCAGGCCCGAAGUUACUGAGCCAGAGAGGACCUACCCAGAGACCACCAGACCAGAGGUUACUGAGCCUGAGAGGACCUAUCCAGAGACCACCAAGCCUGAGGUUACUGAGCCAGAGAAGACCUACCCAGAGACCACCAGGCCCGAGGUUACUGAGCCAGAGAAGACCUACCCAGAGACCACCAGGCCCGAAGUUACUGAGCCAGAGAGGACCUACCCAGAGACCACCAGGCCAGAGGUCACUGAGCCAGAAAAGACCUACCCAGAGACCACUAAGCCAGAGGUCACUGAGCCAGAGAAAACUUACCCUGAGACAACCAAACCUACAAGAAAGGUCACAACUCCAGGAGCUACAACUCCACCUGAGACAACCAGGCCAGAGGUUACAGAGCCAGAGAAGACCUACCCAGAGACCACCAAGCCAGAGGUUACAGAGCCAGAGAAGACCUACCCUGAGACCACAGCACCAGAAUGGACCUCUACAAUUCCAGAGACAACAAGGCCUUGCAACAACAUCGACAGUUGUAAGCACCCCACAAGUUACCACUGUAAGGAAGGUGACAACAACUCCAGAAAGCGUUUACACUACCAGGCCUGA